GUAUGGUUAUUAUUAUUCAACUAUUACUAUCGUGAGUUCUAACCUGUAAAAUUGUAACCGAAAAUAUGAGGAAUAUUUUUAAAAUUUUGCGAUUUACAGCUUCAGAAUUCGGUAAAAUAUCAAAUGAAAAACACGUUCUUUUUGGGUUUAGUGCUGUGCGAGGUCUUUCAACAAUAAAUGAUAAACUAAUUACUCCAAACAAUACAAUCUUGACUCCUUUAAGCCCCAUAACUCAAGAAUGGAUCUGGAAGAAAAGGUACCCAAUAAAGCUACCUGUCAAUGUAAAUACACCAAGUUUAGAACUUCCAAAAGUAUCCAAUUUAGAUAUACCAUUGGAAAUGCCAUUUAGUACUGAUGACAAUAGGAGUAGCAUUGUAGAACCCCCAACGAACACUGAUACUGUUAGAAAAGAAGCAGCCCGGUUAAUUGUUAUUAGGAGGAAAAAAAUGAGAAAGCAUAAACUCAGGAAACUUAGAAAGAAGAUGAAAUAUGUAUGGGCAAAGAUAAGGCAGAAGAGAGAGUUAGCCAAGGAGAAAGUGUUUCAAGCUGAACUUAUAGCCCAAUGUAAGAAAGCAGAAGCAUUUAAUGCACAUGAAUAUGUUGCAGAGAAGCUUAGCCUUGCUUGCGAAACUCCAGUAACCCAAAGGAAUCAUAUGGUUGAUUUCACUAAGGAAAGGCACUAGGUUUGUUUUAAAUUCAUUAUAAUAGUAAAUUAAACACUUUUAAGAGAACUGUUCAUAAAAACCUGCAAAUGAGUUUAAAAUGAAAUUAAAGCAUAUUAGUCACUA